GACGUCAGAUGCGGAAGUACAAAAACAGCAGUCGCCUUUAGCCAGCGGAGUUGAGUGCGUGGCUUGUUGACGACUUCAACCGCCCUCUUUUCUUCCUGUUUGCUAUUUUUUCUAUCGUCUCACUCCGCAGCGAAGGAAACAUGAACCCCAUUGCGGUGUUUGCCGUCGCGUUGAGCAUGCUGGGAGUUGUAGUUUUAACCGAAAGGCAGCACGGCUGGAGCGAAAGCAACAGCGUCAAGGUUUUUGGAUUUGCGUGGAAGAACUGCGGCAAGCCGAACUCGGCGGCGGUGGUGAAGACCCUCAGCGUGUCGCCUGACCCCAUCAGCAUUCCCGGGGACCUGACCGUGUCCGCGUCGGGGUCCACGUCCGUGGAGCUCCGCGCGCCUCUGAAUGUUAACGUCACCGUGGAGAAGGAGGUGGCCGGUUUUUGGGUGAAGAUUCCGUGUUUAGACGAGCUGGGAAGUUGUCACUAUCCGGACGCCUGCGACCUUUUGAGCCAGCUGAUCCCGCCCGGACAAGACUGCCCGGAACCGCUACACACCUAUGGGCUGCCCUGCCGCUGCCCCUUUAAACCUGGCUCAUACGCGCUGCCUCAGUCGGACUUCUUCCUGCCCUUCAUGGACGUCCCUUCGUGGCUCAGCAACGGGGAUUAUCGUCUUCAGGGGGUCCUGUCUGACGGCAACGGCGAGGAGCUGGGCUGCCUCCAGGUGGCGCUGUCCCUCCACUCAAAAUAAACACACAACUCAUAAUUUUACCGGAUCAACACAUUAAACUCAAGUCGUGUUUUUAAAGAAAUAAUAACGCAUGUUUUCUUACUUCGAAGAUGAUUUUGUUUCCUUUUUUUAUAUGUAAUAAUUAUAGGGAGCAUUAAUAUGUUUUUAUUUGUUAUAGAUAUGUUUUUAACCAUCAUGUCAUUUAGUUUUUUGCUUCACAUUUCUUUCGUGAAUACAUGAUGGAAAAAUUAUGGAUGUUAUAUCACGAUGAGAGUAUGAAAGUGUUGCACAAUGUACAGUUUUGCAAUAAAUGCGAUCAAAUUAAAAUUUUGAU